GUUUCUCAUUGCUAUCCUUUUGAAACAGACCUCCCCUCAGCAUCACAAUGUUGUUGACAGCUUAGCAUGUUGUUACAGCAGAAGCACCCUAUAGCUCGUCUAAGAGUUUAGUUAUGAUCCCGAUGAGGCUUAUUCAUAAAUAUCCAUAUUCGUUAUAACAGAAAAUGGAUGCAGUGUGCAACACGCGGCUGCUACUUGAGUUAUAGAGCGGUAGCAGUUCAGAUAGCGAGGGUAGCCUGACGAUACCGAGAGACAGAGAUGAGCAAAGACUCCGAAGUCCAGAGUGAAAUAGUUGUAAAACGCAGCUGCUCGAACAAAAAGAGAAAUCGAGAUGGAAUGAAAAGUGAUUUAACUCCGGCCAAGAAGCGGCUCAGUGCUGAGCACUGCAAAACAACUGAACAUAGAAAUCUGAUGAAGAUCAAGAGAGAAGAAGACCCUGUGACCGAGCAGUGCUGUAGUGACAGUGAGGAUCUCUUUGAUGGCUACGAUAGCAUCAUCGCUGACUCCUCCUUCCUAGCCAAGCUGGAAGAUAUUGAACAAGUAACGCCACAAACCACCACAAGCACUGCUGAUCAUCUCGCAGACUUCACAGACGGUUUCCAUGAUGCAUCACUACGAGAUUUACCGAGUUCCCAGCUUGCGUUUCAGCAAGUUGUUCAAAAUCAAUUGCAUCUUACCCACACAGAUAGACCUGGCAACACAUCUACUCCUGAUAAGAAACACUCAAUGCAGUCUGUCUGUGAAGAUCAGUACAAACCAGCCAGGAGGGCCAGGAGAAGUAUGGCUGACCAGCUGAAGAGGGCCAUGAAGGAAAACGCAGCUUCUUCAAACACUGUGUCAAAGACAGUUCUUCAGAAACAGGCAGCAGUGAGUGAAGAAAUCAGUGUUGCUGUGCAGACCAUUGAGUCUGUGACCUCAGAAGGAGACCUGGGUCCUUUCUUUGGGCUUCCAUCCAAAGUUAAGGAUCUAAUCAUGAGACUGAAGAGGAUCGAGGACUUGUAUGAGUGGCAAAAGGCGUGCCUAAAUUUGGACUCAGUUCACCACAGAAAGAAUCUGAUCUACUCUCUACCAACGAGUGGAGAGACGCUAGUGGCGGAGAUCCUCAUUCUUAAAGAGAUUCUCUGUAGGAAGAAAGAUGCGCUGCUGAUAUUACCAUAUGUGUCCUUGGUGCAAGAAAAGGUUCGAGGCUUGGCGAGUUUUGGUAUUGAGUUGGACUUCUUAGUAGAAGAGUAUGCUGGGAGUAAAGGAAAAUUUCCUCCUGUAAAAAGACGAACCAAGAACUCACUUUACAUCGCCACAAUCGAGAAAGGCCACAGCCUAGUGAACUCGCUGAUCGAGACAAACCGACUGGACAACAUCGGCCUGGUGGUGGUGGAUGAGCUCCACAUGCUUGGAGAUGGCAGCAGAGGAGCGAUUCUUGAGAUGACUCUGGCUAAAGUGCUGUACAUAAGCAAAAGCACCCAGAUCAUUGGGAUGAGUGCAACGCUGGGCAACGUAGCGGAUCUCCUGAACUUCCUUGGGGCGGAGAACUACACAAAUGACUUUAGACCUGUCCAGUUGAAUGAAUACGUGAAACUGAAAGACAGUAUUUAUGAAGUCGAUCCAAAAGAGGAGCAGUGUUUCCGGUUCUCACGCUUACUGACUUUUAAAUACUCUAGUGGGAUGCAAAAACUGGAUCCAGACCACAUCAUUGCUCUGGUUACUGAAGUAAUCCCCCAGCAGUCCUGUUUGAUAUUCUGCGCCACUAAGAAGAACUGUGAAAAUGUAGCUGGUAUGAUCUGCAAGUAUUUGAAUAAAGAAUUUCUAAAGCACAGAGAAGAGGGGAAAACGACUCUGUUAUCUGAGCUGAGGAAAAGUGGGAACGGCUCGCUGUGUCCUGUGCUGCAGAAGACCGUUCCCUAUGGCCUGGCAUACCACCACAGUGGUCUGACCAGUGAUGAAAGGAAGCUGCUGGAGGAGGCGUACUCGUCCGGAGUGCUCUGUCUCCUCGCCUGUACGUCCACCCUGGCUGCAGGAAUCAACCUCCCCGCCCGGAGAGUGAUCCUCCGCUCGCCGUAUGUGGGCACGGACUUCUUAAAGAGGAGUCAGUACAAGCAGAUGGUGGGAAGAGCAGGCCGUGCUGGGAUUGAUUCGAUGGGCGAGAGCAUCCUCAUCCUGCAGGACAAAGACAGAGACAGAGCCAAACAGCUGGUGUGUGCGCCAAUAGAGAACUGUUAUAGCAACCUGUUACAGGAUGGAAGUUGCAGUCUUCAAAGUCUUAUCCUCUCACUCAUCGGCCUUAAUAUAACAUCCACUGUAGAGCAGGUCCUGGAGUUCAUCUCCAGGACAUUACUCAGUGUCCAGGAGACUCGACUUUGUCAGCAGAAGAGUCUUCGUGAGCUUGUAGUGGAGUCUGUAGACAUACUGAAAGAGAAGGGGCUCAUCGGCAUUUCUCCACACGAGCAAUCUUUGCUAAAUGUCACCAAACUGGGAAGAGCAACAUAUAAAGGCUCAGUAGACCUGAGAUACUCUGAUGUCCUCUACAAAGACCUGUCUAAGGGUCUGGAGGGUCUGCUGCUGAACAGUUUCCUGCAUUUAGUGUAUCUGGUCACUCCAUAUGACCUUUUGUCCCAAAUCAAACCAGACUGGAUGAUCUACUUCAGCCAGUUAACAAAGUUGUCUGUGGCUGAACAGAAGAUGGCGGCCGCUAUUGGAGUACCCGAGAGCUUCCUAGUUCGGAAGGCAGCUGGGCAGAGUGUUAGGAAGAGUGUGGACUCUGCAGUGGUGAACAGACUGUACCUGGCUCUGGUGCUUUAUUCUCUCCUGAAUGAGACAAACAUAUGGAACGUUUCUGACAGAUUCCAAUUGGCCCGAGGCCUCAUUCAGACCCUCGUCAGUUCCGCCUCAGCAUUCUGCUCCUGCGUACUGCAUUUCACUGAGGAGUUGGAGGAGUUUUGGGCCUAUAAAGCUCUCCUCACUGAGCUGACCCGCAGACUGACCUACUGCGUACAGGCCGAGCUCAUUCCGCUAAUGGAGGUCGCUGGAGUCAUGGAGUUCCGAGCUAAGCAGCUGUACAACGCUGGCUAUAAGACGCUGGCUCAUCUGGCCAAUGCUGACCCGAGCAUGCUGGUGAAAACUGUGGAGAAUCUUAAUAAAAGACAGGCUAAUCUGAUUGUGGCCUCAGCAAAAAUGCUGUUACAGGAGAAAGCAGAAGCUCUGCAGGAGGAGGUGGAUGAGCUGCUUAUGUUCCCUGCUGACCUGCCUGAAUCUGUAUAUAAUGCAAUUUAAUUUAACAUAUACUGUUACAUAUGUAUUUAUAUUUAUUUGUAAAUGUUAUUGCAUGUGUUUAAAUGAUAAGAAAUAUACACUGUGAAUUUCUCAGUUUGUAUAUGCUUUUUUUUGUCGAUCAUGAAAGCCAUCUGUUCAAUAAAUGAAUACCAAAUAUAAUAUAACUA